GCAAAGCUCUCGGAGUCUCGGGUUCUUCUUAUAUCGCAAGAAAGGAAAAAAAAAAAAAAGAAAAAAAGAGAGAAAAAACUCACUGCAUCGCCUCCGCCUCUCGCCGCCAUCGCCGCGAUGAAGCUGGACGUCUCCGCCAUGGAGAACAACUUCGCCGCCCACGCCGCCGGCGGCGAGGACGACGGCGGCCUCUUCGGCGCCGGCGCCGACCUGCCCGCCAUGGAGCUCCCCACCUGCCCCGCCGACUUCGACGGGUUCCAGAAGGAGACCAAGGAGAUGCUGAAGCACAAGAAGGGAACGACCACGCUCGCGUUCAUCUUCGACAAGGGCGUCAUCGUCGCCGCCGACUCCCGCGCCAGCAUGGGCGGAUACAUAUCUUCGCAAACUGUGAGGAAAAUUAUUGAAAUAAAUCCGUACAUGCUUGGAACAAUGGCAGGAGGUGCUGCUGAUUGUCAAUUUUGGCAUAGGAACUUGGGCAUCAAGUGCCGACUCCAUGAGCUCGCGAACAAGCGGAGGAUCUCUAUUGCUGGUGCUUCAAAGCUUUUGGCCAACAUCCUGUACUCCUACCGUGGGAUGGGACUGUCAAUUGGUACAAUGAUUGCUGGAUGGGAUGAGAAGGGUCCUGGCUUGUACUAUGUUGAUAGUGAGGGCGCAAGGCUCAUGGGAAGCCGAUUCUCUGUUGGAUCAGGUUCUCUGUAUGCCUAUGGUAUCUUGGACGAGGGUUACCGCUAUGUGAUGCCAGUUGAGGAAGCUGCUGAGUUAGCAAGGCGGGCUAUUUACCAAGCUACAUUCCGUGAUGGGGCAAGUGGUGGUUGUGUUAGCGUUUACCAUGUUGGCCCGAACGGCUGGACGAAGCUUUCUGGAGAUGAUGUUGGGGAGCUGCACUACAAGUACUACCCGGUUGAGGCCACUCCUGUCGAGCAGGAAAUGGCCGAUGCCCCAGCUGCUUAAACCUCCCUCUGCCCAAUCUGGCGCAUGGUAUCCAGGGCUGUGAACUGUAGAAGCGCCCUUGUCUAUGAACUUGUUUGGACAUGUUUCUCUCGUCGAUGUUGAGAGAUCUCUUUUGAGAUCAGCUGAUGUUUCUCAUUAACUUUACGCUACUGCUACCGCAAAUGUGAUUGUAGACUCGUAUAGAUGCUUUUUAUUCAUGUUUCCUUUACAUUGGUA